CGGAUUAGUCGGCGCGACCAUGCCAUUUUUGACAAUACAGUAUAUCACGUGACGUGCCAGAAAACUUUGGACUUGCAUUUCGCUCUGGUGGUGAACAUUGCGCUUUCCGCUUUGAGGACACUGCUAUUCUCGACGACAUCCGGCAAAAGUUUCUUUCGAAGUCGUUCAGUAUCCUCUAGGUGCUGUACUUGACUUCAGCUUGCCGCCGUUCGGAGACUGGUGCACCGCACGCCGUUCGUCUUGAUCACCCACCCAUUUCCUUUUACGAAACAUAAACUCGCCAUGUCUUUCUUUCUCCUUUUCGAGUCGGCCUCCGGGUACGCUCUCUUUGAGCGCAUCGAGUCCGAGGAAGUUGGUCAGGACUUGGAGGAAGUACAGCAAAGCGUCUUGGACCUGUCUCGGUUCAGCAAAAUGGUCAAGCUGAAGUCGUUCACGCCGUUUAAAAGUGCCGCCCAUGCUUUGGAAAACAUUAUGGACGUUUCCGAAGGUGUUGUUAACCCAUCGCUGAAGGCGUUCCUGGAAAUGAACUUGCCAAAGGCUGGCAAAAAGCAGAAGGUUCAGCUGGGAGUGUCGGAGUCGAACUUGGGAGGAGGAAUCAAGGCGGAAUUGGGUUACGACUGUCUCCACAACGAUACCGUCCGUGAACUGCUUCGUGGGAUCCGUGUUCACGCAUCGAAGUUGUUGAGUCAGUUGAAGGAAGGCGAUUUCGACCGCGCGCAGCUCGGUCUCGGUCACGCAUACUCCCGUGCCAAAGUAAAGUUCAACGUGAACAGGGCAGACAACAUGAUCAUUCAGUCUAUCAAUUUGCUGGACCAGUUGGAUAAGGACGUCAACACCUUUUCUAUGCGGGUGCGCGAGUGGUACGGCUGGCACUUCCCCGAACUCAUUAAGAUCAGCAGCGACAACGCCAUGUACGCUAAGCUCGCCAAGUUCAUUAAGAACAAGGGUGACCUUGGUGAAGACAAGCUGGAAGGUCUUGAGGAGAUCACCGGUGACCCAAUUAAGGCGAAGCAAAUUAUCGAUGCUGGCCGUGCCUCCAUGGGUACCGACAUUUCCGAAAUCGACAUGGCCAACAUUCAGAACUUUGCUGACCGUGUCAUCGCUUUGACCGACUACCGAAAAUCUCUCCACGGGUAUCUCGUUAGCAAGAUGCACCAAGUCGCCCCCAAUUUGUCUGCCCUUAUUGGCGAGAUGGUCGGAGCGCGUCUCGUUGCGCACGCUGGAAGCUUGACCAACUUGGCGAAACUGCCAGCAUCAACCGUGCAGAUUCUCGGUGCUGAAAAGGCGCUUUUCCGCGCUUUGAAGACCAAGGGAAACACUCCCAAGUACGGUCUCAUUUACCAUUCGACAUUCAUUGGCCGUGCCGCACAGAAGAACAAGGGACGUAUCUCUCGUGUUCUUGCGAACAAAUGCUCCAUCGCUUGCCGUAUCGAUUGCUUCUUGGACAAGCCUACCAGCAAGUUCGGUGAGCUCCUCCGCGAACAGGUUGAUGAGCGUGUUCGUUUCUACGAGGAGGGUGUCACUCCUCGUAAGAACGCAGAGGUUAUGCAGAAGGCAUUGGCGGAGGUCGGCAUGUCGGAUCUGAUGGACGUUGUCGCAGAUGAGGAUGAUGAAGAAGCAUCGGAUUCGGCGGAGAAGACACCAAAGAAGCGUAAGGCAGACGAGGAGGAUGACAGCAAAGACAAGAAGAAGGCGAAGAAGGACAAGAAGAAGAAGGACGAGCCUGAGACGCCCGUAACAGACAAAAAGAAGAAGUCGAAGAAGGAAGCACCCGUGGAGGAAAAGGCGGAGACGACGAAAUCCGACAAGAAGAAGAAGAGCAAGAAGGAGAAGAAAUAGAACCCUUCCCUCAAUGCCUCUCAUCCAUUUUGUUUACUGCUUGAGACAUUCCCGCCGUUUCGAAGCGAUUGUUUCACCCCUCCAUCAGAGUGCACGCUACACUCUACCCGUUCCGUCUGCAUUCGUGAUUUAUUCAGCAUUCGCAUUAUUCUUCUUGUCCCUUUGUAAAUAUUUAAUAGAUUCUACAACACCCUAGUCAUGAUUUUCUCAUUUUGAUGUGCCCCAGUUGACGGAGUGCUUACACAUAAGUCGGCAAUUCCUACCGCAUCCCAAAAUCGAAAGCACCAUGAGUACGACGGAGACAUCCAAGCGCCGGCGGUCGGACCGAUAUACCUCUCCAGGCUAUGAUUCCGGCUCAGACCGGGAGCAC